UAAAAAAUGAUGUUAUCUAUUAUUCGUGUCAGUACAUACGUGUUAUUAAUUCGUGUCACACGUAAAAUUAAAAAAAAAACAGAUCGUCAUUAGUUUUUGUCACAAUAAUUUUCUUACUAAUAAAUUAGUCACAGGGAUUGGUAAAAAAAAAAACGAAAUCGAAAUGUCGGACAGUGAUUCGGCCAAACGAAGACGUUUAAAUAGAUCGGAUUUGGGAUCUGCUGAUAUUUCACUGGCCCACACAAAUCAAUCAGAUGACCGUGAUCAUGAUAAUAACGAUGAUAAUUUAUCUGACAAUGGCAGUGAGUCAUUAUCGUCCCUAGGUGAGGAUGACCACGAUUUAAUUAGUACUGAUGAAAGUGAAGAAAAUUCAACCAAAAAUUCACGAGAUUCUCAAGAAGAAAGAAGUCAUUCAGAAUCCGACUCAGAAGAAAAAAAAAUUAAAGAUACAAGACUUCAAACGGCCAUUAUUAAGAAAGACAUAGAGUUGGUCAAAGAACUUCUGAGUUCCGGAGUCGAUAUUGAUGCACCUGGUGAACAUAACAAUACAGCACUACACUUGGCUGUUUAUUUUAACGAUCUACCAACUAUCAAGUGUCUGCUAGAAUACGGAGCCAAUAUAACAGCCUCAAAUUGGUCUCGUGAUCGAUCUGAUUACUGGGGAACUCCAUUACACUACACAGUAAAAGAAAAUCGUCUGGAUAUUGUUAAAUUACUCUUGACAACUCAGGUAGACAUAAAUAAACUGAUGAAAAACUAUGAUGUAGUCUUGAAUUUUGCAUUUCAACAUGAAAAUUAUAAGCUAAUAAAAUGUUUGGCCGGCUACACUGAAAAUGACAUCUUAAUGAAAAGAGCGUUGAAUACUUUUUCAACCCAAGAGCUGCUGAAAAUGAAUUACAAUACAGGAACAAUCGCUUCAAUUUUUGGAAAAUAUUUUGAUAUAAAUGUCAUUGAUAGCAAUAAACAUACCCCACUGUCCCUGGCAGUUAAAAAUAAAAAUAUCGGUAUGGUUGAGUAUUUAUUGGACAAUGGAGCAGACAUAAAUUCAAAAAAUUAUAGUCAUGGUUGUUCUGAUUGGACUGCGUUAGAUAUUGCAGUUGACAACAAUGACGAAAAUAUGGUACAGUUUUUAUUAAAUAAUAAAAAUUGUGAUGUUAUUACGAAAAGGGCAUAUUACAAUACACCACUUCAAACGGCAACUCAGAACAAUAAUUUAACAAUCGUUAAAAUGCUGGUUGAAAAAAUCGCACAGCAUGAUACGUAUGGUAAAGACAUGACUAAUCAUGUGUUACCAUCUUUUCAUGGGGCUGUUAAACAUAAUUUAACGGAGAUAGCGAAAUAUUAUUUGGACACUUUUAAUAUUGACGUUAAUACGAAAUCAGACACGGGUUUGAGUCCAUUAGAUAUCGCUGCGAGUGAAAAUAAAUUGGAAAUGUUCAAAUUAUUAGUGGACUAUAGAGCCGAAAUUAAGUAUUCCUUAAAAGAUAGAUAUGAAGGAUAUCACCAUGAAGGAUGGCCAUUAUGUUAUGCAGUGGAGAAAGGAAAUGUUGAGAUGGUAGAUAUAAUUUUAAACAGAGGUACUCAAAUCGACGAUGUCAAUAAGACAGUGAAUGGAAAAACGAUACUGCACUUGGCUGUUCAUUCAGGAAAUAAGGACAUUAUUGAAAGAUUAUUAGAUCGCGGUGUUGAUAUAAACAGCAAAUGUAACAUAGAAAAGUAUAAAGAAAUAACGCCGCUACUUUAUGCUGCUAUUCGUAGAUCAAAUGACAUUGUUCCAAUGCUAAUCGAAAAAGGUGGUGAUAUAAAUGAAUUGGUCAUGGUAGGAUCUAAACGCAUAUCUAUAAUUGAUAUUGUUCUUAAAUAUUACUGUCGUGAUGAUUUCUUCAAGACAUUAUUAAAUUCAGGAGCUGAUAUUAAUUUUUCUGACAUUACUAAAUCUAAAUUGUCGGAAGAAAAAUCAAAGAUAGUUGAGCAACAUCUACUUAAAUUAAAAGCUGCCAAAUUAUUUGUCCAUCAUAAAUUUCGUAGUUGGGUCAGUCGUGGAAAGGCGAAAAAAGUAUUUUACAUUAAAUGUAAAAAAGAAGUCCUAAAGAUGAAAGAAAAAAUAGUUAAUGAGAGUACGAUUUGUUAUUAUGAUUUGCUGAUUAAGAGGGUCGAUCAAGUGGCAAUGUUUGCAGGCAAUAAAGAUAUUGAAGAGGCUCUGGAAUUCGGUAAACUCGAGGCAACGUUUCCGCUCUACGCAGAAAUGCUGCUUUAUAAUUUUAAAAGAGGACAAAAACGUCAUCAACUGUUGAAGGAGGCUGAAAAGAUGCUGACGGAUAUUUUUAUCGACUUGCCCGAUGAUUGUGUGCGAAAAGUUCUAAUGUAUUUGAAUAAUGAUGAUUUAUUGAGAUGUUCAGGAAAAAUAAUUCAUUAAAUCGUAAAUUAAUAAGAAAUGUAUUCGUUUCAUCAAAAUCUUAGCUCUCGGAAAAAUGCAUAAGAGGAAUUCCUCAGAAGAUUUUUAUCGUUCGAGUUUCAUAAAUAUUUAAAACGUAAGUAGAGAUCUAAAAUCCGGAAAUCCGGUUAGCACUGCCAACCCUUAAGGCUUUUAUCGAACACUUUUGA